AUGAAGCAAUUGACCAUAAAUAGUGUAAGUAGAUGUAAAGUAGCAAAAAAGCGGAGACCUAUCGCCAACAACAAAUCUUCUCCAGAAGUGACCGUAGUCAAACAAUGUAAGAAGACAUUUGGCGUUGAGAAUUUAUUACUUAAAAAAGAAAAUGAAAUUCAUAUAAAUCGUCAAAGAGAAGAAAGUAAGUGUACAAUGGAACGAGUUGUUGCAUAUCGCUCCUCCGGAAAAGGUAUGUUGAUGGGGGACAAUCUCGGGACUGCAUGGAGAUAUUCGAUUAUUGAUGAGCGAGUGGAUACUGGAGAAGUCUGCUAG